CGCGGCUCCCGCUCUCAGUCGGCGUGGUAGUAAAGUCGAUACGUAUCAAGUUAGUUCCUCGCGUACAAAAUCCACAGGACACAGAAAAUCCAAAACUUGAUCUUCCUUCUUGCCUAGCAUUGCCAUUGGGCGUCGUUAUUUCAAGUUGUGAUUAAACAUGGCUGCUCCUUCAAGCGUGUGUUUGAUUCCAAAAUGGAAACAAGAGAACGGCAUGACGAAGCCACCAUUGGCGGGGGCCACCAGGGCGAGAGAAGCUCCGCCCAGCAUCUUCAGGAAACUGUACGAUAGGGGAGACCUCCCUAUCGUGUUACAGCACGACUCCAUGGGCAACAAGAUCAUCUGGAAGAGAGAGUUAGAGGAGCUCGACUACCACCACUACCUCCCGUUAUUCUUUGACGGUCUCACCGAAAUGGACCAUCCCUACAGCUUCUUUGCCUAUCAAGGUAUCAGCGAUCUACUUGAGCACGGAGGAACGAAAAUACUGCCCGUGGUUCCACAACUAAUUAUCCCACUCAAAGAGGCUCUGAAUACACGCAACAAGCAACUAGUGUGCACCACUUUGAAAGUCCUGCAGCAUCUCGUGCGUUCGGCAGAGCUGGUUGGUGAGGCAUUGGUGCCCUAUUACCGACACAUUCUGCCCGUCCUCAACAUCUUCAAGAGUCAAAACUUCAACCUUGGCGACGGAAUCGAAUACAGCCAACACAGGCGAGAGAAUAUCGGCGAUCUGAUAGAAGAAACAUUGAGGGCGCUAGAGCGCUACGGCGGCGACGAGGCAUACACGUACAUCAGAUACAUGGUGCCAACCUACCAAUCAUGUCACGAGAAUCCCUGAUGAAUAUUCAUCAGGAGCGAACUUAAAUAUGAAUAUUCUUAAUUCUUGCAAAGCUUUGCAACAUGUAUAUUACAAGGAACACUAUAUGAGGUACGUAUCAAAUUUAUUUUUAAAAAUCAGAUUGUUCUAGUUCUUUUUUAUGUGUAAAAACAAACGUUUUUGACUACCAAAAGACAAUCCAAACAAGUAACUUUUUUUUAACUUUGUUUUAAUGACGAAUAAUAUCAAAACAUUUUCAAUGAAAUAACAAUCAGUUAUGGUAAAUUGUAAAAAAUAACGAAUUCCUUGUAGUAAAUGCUAUCAACAAGUUCAUUUUUAAAUUCAAAUCUACUCAAAUCAAUGGCCUCCUGUUUAUUUAAAACAAAACAAAAAACUGUAAGUUGAAACAAAAAAACUGAAACUUACUGUCAUCUUCAUUGCAAUAUGGAUAACUUUUUAUGCCACUGCAAGUUGAACAAAAAUGGAAUUUUCAUCCUUCUUCCCAUAGUUGAGUGUUCUGUCAGAGAACUGUGAACAAAAAAGUACAAAGACUGUAACGAACCAGUGUAACUGUUUUCCUUGAUGAAGCACAAUUAAUUUGCCACCCCCCCCCCCCAGAAAAAUGCUUUGUUUAUCUCCGUUUAUUGACAAAUGAUAAAGUUGUUUUUGGGAGCACUGUAACUUAGAAUUUCUGAAAAAUAAACUGAAGUUGUGUUUAACAACCACAUGUUUUGCAAUUAAUUCUGCAGUUUUCAGUGUUAACCAGCGCAGAUGUAUUUCAACUUUAAAAACAACUGUUUUCUUGUUUUUAUCUAAACAGGAGGCACAUCAACUCCAUCAAAAUUGUCUACCACUACAACAAAUCAUAAUAAGGACUACUAAGUACAAUAUUCCAUACAAAAAUACAUGAAUAUACAACUUUUCUUGCUUUUCAGGAAACAAAAAACACAAAAAAAACAAAAAGCAAACAAAGAGAAAACAUAUCUACAUGUUCAACUAUGGUAAACUAGCUAAAUGUCUAGUCUAUCUGUAUACGAAGAGAUUACAUAUUUAUUGUUAUUACGAAUGAACACCCUUGAUGGUGUUGUUCAUUCAAUGCAUAGAUAGACGGUGAUAAUUCAGAACAAAAUGUUUUGCAUAAAAAUCAAUUCUGGUAUUGCAUUUUCCUUUAGUUAUUUUUGACGGAAACAAAUUUCUUAAAGAAUCACCCCCCCCCCC